AUGGACAUCAAUUCACACUAUAUCUGUUGCGGACUACGUCGUUGCCCAAUAUGUGGCACUACAGAUGUAACUACAGUGGUAGUUGAUGAAUCUAUGCCAUUAGAGUUGCAAAGAUUCUUUACGCCAAUUACACAACAAAUUGAUGAAUUCAAUAGCUCAUGUAAAUUCCAAUUCAUCAACCUUGUUGACAAGAUAAACCUUUUGAAACAUUCCAAUAGCAAGUUGAAAGAAAAGGUGGCAAAACAGAAAGACUUUCUAUAUGCUGCUAAAGAAGAAAUCACUCAUUUGAACAAGUACAAAUCACGAACAGAGAGCCUCAAGCAAGAAGUCGAAAGUCUCAAACAAAAGAUGGAGGAGUGUAAUCGACCAGAAACAUUUGAGCUCACCAAAGAUGCCGACAUUGAGUAUGGUAGAAACCAAGAAAACGAAAAUAGCUUCAUACAGCCAAUAACCAAGCGUCCACUGGAAAUGCCAUUUAACUUUGCUCUGAGUACCUUUAUCAGCAAAAUUCAUCAACAGUCAAUGGGGAAGAAACUAGGCACCAAUAAGCCACAUGCGGCAGUGGCUACCAUACAACAUCCCAACAAAAGAUCGUUUUAUGCCGAGUCAACCAAGAUAGGAGAAAUAAAUCCUUCCAACCAUGCUCCUCUUCUAUCAUCAGGCACAACAUCAUCAAUAUCCAGUUCUCGAGCCAAUUUCCAAAAGUUGAGCUUGAACAAAUACGCAAACCUAGGCGGAAGAGCAGCGACUAGCCAACUAGCAUCGAGAAUAACUGCAAAUAUGCGAAUUGGCACCUUGAACCAAAGUAGUGACCGGAAUAAUGGGCUUGGCGGUGGGUUUCGGACAGCCAAUACACAUUCCAACAUGAUUAGCAAGGGUCCGGUUUUGAAUCGAAUAUUGAAGAAACAUUCACUGGGAUCCUCUCGACAUUUUGCUCACUAA